CAUCCAAGAUAAAAUGAGACCCCACUUAAAUAUAUAGCCAUCACUCUCUCUGUCUCUGUGUGUGUGUCUAUUGGAGAAGAAGGGUACCAUUCAGGCAUUCAGCUAAUCUGGAAGUGAAGUCACACAAAUUAUGAUCUUGAUUCAAGCAGUUGUUGGCAGUGUGAUUUUGAUCAGCAGAAGACAGACCCGCCAACUCAUUCCAUCGAGUUGGACGAACCUGUGGAGGGAAUGGGAGCCACGAGGAUUGAUCUUGCUCAGCCUCACUGCCCAAAUCGUCCUCGUCGGUCUCGGAAACCGCCGAAAGUACAUCGCCAAAACUUGGGUCAGAACCAUUGUCUGGUUCUUCUACUUGCUUGCCGACUCUGUAGCCACAAUGGCCAUCGGCAUCCUGUCGGAUGAUAUCGGGGAAGUCUACUGGAACGGUAAGAACAGGAAUCCUCGCUCUUCGAAUAACCAGUUAACGGCAUUUUGGGCCUCUUUUUUGCUCUUGCACUUGGGUGGGAUGGACACCAUCACCGCCUACUCAUUGGAAGACAAUGAGCUAUGGCUGAGGCAUUCUUUCAGCGUCAUUGCCAUAGCAGGGACGACCACGUACAUCAUGCUCUUGUCGUGGUCAUACUUGGCUUCCAAGAUCGGGAUGCCAGUAGGCUCAGAGAUUGAAUCGUUUGACUUGAUUCAACGAUUUGCGAGGGUUUUAAAUGAUCCAGAGAGUGAAAUAGCCAAAACAUUGAUGGCUAUGUUUAAAGUUGCAAUGGCUCGAAAUCAGCCAAUAAUGGAAGUACCAGUUAACGUAAACGUUAACCUUGGACAAAGCAGUGGAUGUCCAAAUCAUGUUACUGAGUUACCUUUUUCUCAAGGGGUCACUCAACGAAUCGUCGGAAGUUUUCUGAUCCUAGGCGUAUUGCUGAUGGUAUCACUGGACGGUGCACUGGUGGUAAAAAACUCCUCCAAGACUGACCUAACCACAACUCUGGUGUUGUUGAUAGUUGCUUUGAUUCUGGAUUUAUGUGCAUUUGGGGAACUAUUGCUCUCCGACCAAACAGCUCAUUGGUUGAUUAAGCGUGGGAAAUAUUCAAGAUUAGAAAAUAACAAUCAUAUCCGUACCAUGAUACCAACAAACUGGGGUCGAAAACGCAAGAGGUGGUCGAAAACCGUGGAACAAUUCAAUCUUCAGUGGAGCGUGGAUAUGGCAUUCGAGCGGAGCGUUCUUGUCUGGCACCUUGCUACAGAGAUACGUUACAAACUCGAUUUCAUAAUGAAGCCGGAUGUUACUAAUACCCCGUCGUACUUCCACGACAGGGGCAAGUGCAUGUCGCGCUAUAUGCUAUACCUCCUAGUUAAGCAUCCGGAUAUGUUGCCGAUUGGGAUGGGACAAAUCAAGUUCAGAGACCUAUAUUCCAACCUUGCGGACUUCAUAGAAAUGCAUACAUCCAAGUCGCUUAAAGACGUGACAGAAGAAGACGCUGCGGAUUUGUUGAUAGGCUUGGUGAAGGAUGAGAACAUGGUUGUUGGAGGAGGGGACAUGAGUAAUUCUGUGAUAUUUGACGGCUGUAAGCUCGCGCCACAACUCGGAAAGUACGAGCAGGAACAAGGAAAAGAGGACGUACAGGAACGUAUAUGGAACGUAAUUGUUUUUUUUUGGAUGGAAAUAUUGGGUUAUGCUGCAAGCCAAUGUAAAGGACGACAACAUGCUCAACGGUUGAGACGAGGAGAAGAGUAUCUCACUCAUCUCUGGCUUCUCAUGGCACAUUUUGGCUUAACCGAUCACUUCCAAAUACCUCGUAGUCGUGUUGUAGCUGAGGCCGUUCUAAGGUAAACAAAACUAAGGAUAUGAAUGUUUAAUUGUUUAGUAGCCGUUCUUUUGGAUUGUGGCUGUUUUAAUUUGGUGUUAGGUUGCUUUGCGGCUUUCGUGCUUCUUGUGAUGUUUUUUGUCGACUUUUUGCCUUUCUUUGGGUGUGAUUUCCAGGAGGCUUUUGCCGGUGUGCCCGUGAUCUUUUUAAUCUUCGUUAUCAUCUUCAAAGAUUAAUAAAAUUUUCUUUUUGCCUAUCAAGUAUCUAUUUCUGUUGUUUGUUUGCGUUUUUUAAUUUAUCUUAGGUAA